AUGGCAGAGACGUCGCCUAUUGCUAUUGUUGGCAUUGCCCUCAGAGCACCAGGAGAUGGCUCUGAUCCUGAGCGAUUCUGGCAGAUGCUACUGGAUGCACGAUCGGCACGAUCGCGUAUUCCUCAAGAUCGAUAUGAUAUCGAUGGAUUUUACCACCCAGAUCCGGAUAGACUGGGCAGCAUACAGCAAACCCAUGCACACUUCCUGAAGCAGGACUUCAAGGUCUUCGAUGCUCCAUUCUUCUCCGUCACGCCGAAAGAAGCGAAGGCAAUGGACCCUACUCAUCGAAUGCUGUUAGAGGCCACAUACGAAGGCUUCGAGAAUGCUGGCAUGACUCUAGAUGAUGUUUCUGGAUCACAUACAUCAGUAUACAUCGGCACGUUUACAGGAGACUUUGGCAAUCUGCAAGCUCGCGACAAUGAAGGGCCGUCCAUAUACCACGCCACUGGUCUAUCUUCGUCACUGGCCUCGAAUCGUUUGUCCUGGUUCUACAACCUCCGUGGACCUAGCAUGACGGUGGACACGGCCUGCUCUUCGAGCUUGACGGCAUUCCACCUAGCUUGCCAGAGUAUCAGGACUGGCGAAGCUGAGAUGUCGGUCGUUGCAGGAGCAAACCUGAUGUUUGGACCAGACAUGUCCAUCCUGCUCGGAGCAGCAAAGAUCCUUUCCCCUGAUGGCAAGUCACAAAUGUGGGACCACAAAGCCAACGGAUUUUCCCGAGGUGAAGGUUUCGGCGUUACAAUACUCAAACCCCUGCAUGCUGCAUUGCGGGAUGGCGACACAAUUCGUGCUGUCGUCCUCGCAUCAGCAGCAAAUGAAGACGGUAGAACUCCAGGUAUUUCCUUACCGAAUAGUGAAGCCCAAAAGGAGCUUAUCGAGAAAGCGUAUGCAGAAGCUGGAGUGGAUCCAAAAUCCACAGGUUACGUGGAGGCCCAUGGCACCGGUACUCAAGCGGGUGACCCUCUGGAAGCCAGAGCCAUCGCAGAAACAUUAGGGAAAGACAGAACCACAGACCUCUACGUCGGCAGCGUCAAGACGAACAUUGGUCAUCUCGAGGGCGCUGCUGGUGUCGCUGGUAUCAUCAAAGCGGCAUUGAUUGUCGAGAGAGGCUUAAUACCACAAAACCUGUGGUUUGAGAAGCUUAAUCCUGCCAUCAACCUACCGCAACACGUGAGGAUCCCACAGGAAACGACUCAAUGGCCACAUGAUGGGCCAAGAAGGGCCUCGGUCAAUUCAUUCGGCUUUGGCGGUGCCAAUGCCCACGUCGUUUUGGAAGAUGCGGCAUCCUAUUUGGCACGGACCGGUCUUACAGGUCGUCAUCAGACAGUAACGAGAUCCGAACGGCAGACUAACGGCAUUGCAAGCCCCGAGGAAGUCUCUCGUAAACACGUCUUUGUCCUGUCAUCGUACGACCAAGACGGCGUCAAACGAGUAGCCGAGAGGCUGCAAGAUCAUGUUGCUUCUGCAACCCGCUGCCAGCAAAAAGAGCUCGCACACACUCUCGCAUCAAAGCGCACCGCGCAUCCUUGGAAAUCUUUUGCCAUAGCAAAUGGUCUGGGCCAGUUGAGUGAUGCACUCAGAGGUAUACCGGCACCUAUCCGAUCCUCUGACUCCACGACAUCUCGCGUAGCUUUCGCAUUCACUGGCCAGGGAGCCGCAUGGCCCGGCAUGGGACGUGCCUUGCUCGCAUACGACGUGUAUAAAGCGAGUAUCACACGUGCUUCAGAGCUGCUUCGAUCUCUCGGAUCCACUUGGGACCUCCUCGACGAGUUGCUGAACACCGAGCACGAGGAGAAUCUGAAACUCGCAGAGUACAGCCAGCCAGUGUGCACCGCAGUGCAGAUAGCUCUCGUUGAUUUGCUUCGUCAUUGGCAAGUCAUUCCUGCUGCAGUCGUUGGGCACUCGAGUGGCGAGAUCGCGGCCGCAUACUGCGCUGGCCAUGUGACUUUUGACACCGCGAUGACUGUCGCAUGGCUUCGAGGUCAGGUAUCCGGUACAGUGGCACGCAAGAAUGCCAGAGGCGCGAUGAUGGCUGUCAGCGUGGGUGGAGACGUCAUACGAGAAAGGCUGCAGCAGCUCACUACGGGCAAUGCCAUCGUCGCAUGCUGGAACAGCCCAAAAGCGUGCACGGUUUCAGGGGACUCCGAUGCCGUGGAUGAGUUAUUUGGACAACUGACGGCAGAUCAGAUCGGUUGUACCAAGUUGCCCAUCGACUGUGCGUAUCACAGCCAGCACAUGUACGCCGUUCGAGAGGCGUAUGAGCAUGCUCUCGCUGAACUGCCGACUACGCAUAAUCCAGAGGCCAUUCCAAUGUUCAGCUCGGUUACUGGGAAAUUGGUUCAGCCGGGCGGACUCGGUCCAUCGUACUGGGUCGACAAUCUGGUCUCACCGGUGAAGUUUACAGCUGCUGUUCAAGCGUUGCUGCACCACACCGGAGCACACCGCGCAUCCAACGACCGCGAAGCAUUUGCAAGUGUGUUCCUCGAGGUGGGCCCCCACUCUGCCCUCCGGACCUACUUGCUUGAUAUCUUUCGCGAUGUCCGCUUCUCUAACCUCUCCUACUCGACGAUGCUUCGGAAGAAGUUUGAUGGCGAUGAGACUGCGCUGCAGGCGAUAGCAGAGCUCUGGACUCGAGGCUGCCAUGUCGAAUUGGACCAAGUCAACGACAUACCUCCCAAUACUAAUAUGCUGGUCAAUCUGCCACCGUACGCCUGGAACCAUAGUCUUUCGUUCUGGGAGGAGAGCUAUUCUAGCCGGGAAUAUCGCCUACGUCCGGCGCCUCGCAAGGAUCUCGUGGGCUAUCGCGUGCCUGGCUGCACUGAGCCGACGUGGCGAAAUUUCCUCCGCGUAACUGAAAAUCCUUGGAUUCGGGAGCAUCAAGUUCAAGGCGCAAUUCUCUAUCCAGGAGCUGGCAUGGUAGUGAUGGCCAUCGAGGCUGCGCGGCAGAUUGCAGAUGUCAACGAAGAGCUACUGGGAUUCGAGCUUCGGGAUGUUGCUAUUGUCACUGCUCUGCGCGUACCAGAUGACGCCAAAGGAAUCGAAGUCAUGGUGCAACUGCAUCCACGCAGAACCGGCACGAAAGCUGGACCUUCUUCCACACUCUACGAGUUCACGGUAUCGAGCUGGUCAGCUGAUGUCAAAGAAUGGACCUCGCAUGCAAGGGGCUUCGUUUCUGUGACUUACAAGUCAUCGCUCACUCCAGCUAUGGUUCGAGAGGCAGAGCUCGACAACCUAGCGAGAGAAAAGUCUUUCCGAGAAGCCAAAAAACGGUGCAGCAAGCCUGCGCGGGCUUUCCUGUACGACAAUGUCGAGACCAUCGGUAUGAAGUACGGUGAUGUAUUCAGGAACGUGGAAACCCUCUUCGCCGGCCCCAGCGAAAGCUACGGCACCAUCUCUAUCCCGGACACGAGAGCAACCAUGCCCCAGCAGUUUGAGUAUGACUCCGUGAUCCAUCCCGCAACGCUAGACAGCAUGUUACACUUGCUGUUCCCCUCUAUCAGCGGGAGUGAGCAGUCCCUGAGCGAGGCAGUGGUGCCUUUCUCGUUCGAGCGCAUCUUUGUCUCUGCGAACAUGCCCAAAGCUCCCGGUACCACGCUCGUCGGGACCUCGUCAGCCAAGAAGACCAGCUAUACCACCUGGAUGUCACAGAUAUCGGUGACCACGGAGGAUCACAGCCAACCUCUGGUCCUCAUGGAAGGCCUGGGCUUAGCCUCAGUCGGUGCCUCCUCUGAGCAGCCCGAGGUCAGAGCCAGCACAUUCACACAGGUCUGGCAUCCUGAUGUCGAUCUAAUUGCCCCAGACAUGAUCAAGCAGCUCAUCUACUCGCGGACCAUACCUAACGCCGACGACGACUCCGUGUUGGACUUGUUAGAGUACGUCUGCUUGGUCUACAUCCAUCGCUGUCUGCGCUGGUUUGAGGACGAAGGCAAACAUCACGUGCCAAACGAGGGCUUCUGGAAGCUCUAUGUCGAAUGGAUGCGCGACCGAAUCUCCGAAUUCGAACCGAUUUCUUCGGAUCCGAUUGAGGUGAACAAAAAGCUGGAGGCUGCAAAGACCCGCAUAUCUACCAGCCAUUCCGGAGACAUCACGGUACAGAUGGUCGAUCGGAUUGGCUCUAACCUCAGCAAGAUAUUCACCAGAGAAGUUGAGCCUCUCCAGGUGAUGUUGGAGAACGACCUGCUGUACACGUUCUACCAAGGUGCGUUCGGCGCAUCUUACAACUCAAAUUGCGCAGAAUACGUGGGCUUGAUCGCAGACAAGAGACCAGGACUGAAUAUUCUGGAGAUUGGCGCUGGUACAGGAGGCACCACGGGCCAUAUUCUCAAUCGACUCCGAAGAGAUGGUACUUCUUCCAAGGCAUCACGCUACUACUUCACUGACAUCUCGCCUGGGUUUCUUGCCAAGGCUGCUGAUCGAUUCACCGCCGACGCCUCCAUAAUGGAGUACGGUACACUCAACAUCGAGAAUGACCCGCUGGCGCAAGGCUUCGAGCGAGAGAGCUUCGAUCUCAUUGUCUGCGCCAAUGUCUUGCACGCCACCAAGAGCAUACAGGAGACUUUGCAGAACUGCAAAAUGCUUCUCAAACCUGGUGGCCAGCUGGUGCUCUCCGAAGUUACCAUCAAGCGCAUCUUCUGCGGAUUCAUCAUGGGACCACUGCCAGGCUGGUGGUUGGGACAGGACGACGGUCGACAUGGAGGCCCACUGCUGGAUGUGCCAGAGUGGGACGCUGCACUCAAGAAAGCUGGCUAUUCGGGUGUAGAUUUGGACGUGCGAGGUGAUCGGGAAGGAUCCAAAGAGCCAGUAUCGCUGAUCGUGUCGACCAAGCCGGGCCCGGAGAAUAACGCAAAGAGCGAGACCAAAUUUGCAGUCAUACAGACAGCAGAUCCGGCAUCGUCUGCGCUGGCAGAGGCAAUCGUAGCCUCGGCGAAGGCCAUCGGCGUGGAGGCUAUCACUCUCGACUGGUCGCAAUUCUGCGAGCAAGACAUUGCCGACAGGUAUUGCAUCUCCCUGGUGGAAUGGCAAGAGCCUCUGCUGGUGAACGUCUUACAGGACGCAUGGGACAGACUGCGUCAAUUGAUCCAGAAGUCCGCUGGCACGCUGUGGGUGACGGGCGGUGCAGCUCUUGACUGCGUGGAACCGCACAAGUCACUCAUGGUCGGACUGGCUCGUGCAAUCCGGAACGAGAAUGCCGGCGCACGCCUGGCUACUCUGGACAUCGAAACUGCGCAAAGCAUCGAUUUGAUGGCAUCGUCGGCCUCGAUUGCUAGAGUCGCUCUGUCACACAGCGGGGGCGAGACAGCUGAAGGCGAAUACGCAUCCCGAAGUUCCUCGAUCUUGGUUCCCCGUGUCGAGCGUACUACCGCUGUAGAUGCCUCCCUUCGUCGGUAUGAGGCCAAGGGAGAACCAGAAGCAACAUCUUUUGCCUGUUGCGGCAGGCCGUUGAAGCUGACGAUCAAGACGCCCGGUCUUCUCGACACGUUUCGAUGGGAAGAAGAUGAGACCUACUACACGCCUCUACCAACAGAUUGGAUCGAAAUUGAAGUCAAGGCAGUUGGACUCAACUUCAAGGACGUUCUCGUCGCCCUCGGCAAUCUCAACGAGAACAAAUUGGGCGUAGAUGUUGCAGGUCAUGUUACCAGAGUCGGCUCUUCCGUCACGACCUUGAAGCCAGGUGAUCGGGUGAUGACCGCCAGCUGCGACACUUUCGCAACCUUUGUCCGCUUCCCGUCGCAGGGUGCAAUUCCCAUGCCUGGCAACAUGAGCUUCGAGGAUGCAGCUUCGAUGCCUUUGAUCUUCCUCACCGCCUACUACGCCCUUGUCACCGCAGGACACCUGGAACGGGGCGAGACCAUUCUGAUCCACGCUGCAGCAGGAGGAGUUGGCCAGGCCGCCAUCAUUCUCGCUCAGCAUAUCGGCGCGGAAAUCUACGCCACUGUGGGAUCAGAAGAGAAGAAGCGACUCAUCAUGGAACAGUAUCAGAUCCCCGAGGACCAUAUCUUUAGCAGUCGCGAUCUGAGCUUCGCCCAAGGUGUCAAGCGUAUGACACAUGGUGCAGGUGUUGAUGUUGUCUUGAAUUCUCUGGCGGGAGAAGCGCUUCGACUAUCGUGGCAUUGCUUGGCCAAAUUUGGACGAUUCCUGGAAAUUGGCAAAGCUGAUCUAUUUGCCAACACCGGCCUCGACAUGCAACCUUUCCUGGAAAACAAAUCCUACAUUGGAGUGAACCUGCUCGAUUUCGAGAACAAUCCCACGCCGCGUGCUAUCAAGCUGUGGGCUGAUGUGGCGCAACUCAUCAACAGCGCCUCGCUGCAGCCAGUUCAACCCAUUCAGCUCUUCACCUUCUCUGAGGUCGAAAAGGCUUUUCGGUAUAUGCAGACAGGAAAGCACAUGGGCAAGGUCGUACUCCGCGUCGACGAGAACGAUGUGGUACCUGCUGUACCUCGCAUUCCCAAGGUCGGCGUCGUGGAAGACGCUACAUACAUUGUAGCAGGAGUGGGUGGCAUCGGUCGCGAAAUCGGUCGCUGGCUUGCCGAAAAAGGAGCGCAGCAUCUCGUCUUCCUGUCCCGAUCAGCAGCUUCGGGCGCCGAAAACAAGGCGUUCGUGCAAGACUUGCGAAAGACGUACCGCACGAAUGCGAUAGCGUUCGACUGUGAUGUAGGGAAUCGCGCUGCUCUGCAAACGGUGCUGUACAACAUCAGUGACCUGCCCCCUGUGAGGGGAUGCAUCACCGGAGCCAUGGUGCUCAAAGACACUCUGUUUGACAGCAUGACUGCAGAGGACCUUCGCAUCACCGUUGGGCCAAAGGUACACGGUACCUGGAAUUUGCACGAUCUAUUGCCCAAGCAACUCGACUUCUUCGUCAUGUUGUCUUCUCUCGCUGGUGUGAUGGGCCAUCGUGGCCAAGGGAACUACGGUGCCGGAAACAUCUUCCAAGACUACUUUGCCUCGUAUCGGCGCUCUCUGGGCCUGCGGGCGAUGACAAUCGACAUUGGCUACCUUCUCUCCGUGGGCUUCGUUGCAGAUAACGAUCAGUACGUGGACCAUGUCAAAUCGAUGGGCCUGCGCGUGAUGCACAAUUCCGACCUGCACGGUCUCAUCGCGACAGCCAUGGAAGGAAGCGAUGCCCAUCCCGCAGAAGUCAUGUGCGGCCUUCCAUUCAAUGAAUACGAUCCCAAGUGGUACUGGAUGGACGACAACCGCUUCGCCGGAUUGCGAAACUUGAGCAGCGGCACCUCCUCGGCCUUGUCCUCCGCAACGUCGUUAAAGGACGAUCUAUCCCAAUGUGCGGAUAUGAGCGCGGCAACGCAGCUGAUCAGCAACGCCAUGGCGGAACGUCUGGCACGUUUGAUGAUGAUUCCCGCGACUGACGUGGACGUGGUGAAGCCGCUUUCCGCCUAUGGAGUGGACAGUCUCGUGGCUGUCGAAGUGCGCAAUUGGAUCGCCAAGGAAAUGCUCGUCGAGGUCAGUGUGUUUGAGAUUAUGGCCAAUGUUCCCAUGAGCCAGUUGGCGGCCGAUCUCGCUGCGAAAAGUAAGGUCGUGCGUGUGGGGAAGGAGUGAUUUGUAAUUUCUCAAUGGUAUUGGAUUAGAUGAGGGUUGAAACUUGGAAUAGCGGGUGAUUUUUUUUCUCAAUAGCAAGCGCUUCAGUACUAAGCCUACAUAU